UCACAUAGGAGUUAAAACCUCCGAAAGGUUACCGGUUAAUCUUGGUACCGUUGGAAAGCUUAACAUCUAGUCUAGUACUAUUCGCUCGAUAGAUAAUGCUACAACAAUAGAAUAUCAAUACACGUUAAAGUGAGUUAAGAAAUUGAGAAUGCCGAAACGCAAGGUUGUGUCUCACGCUCGGCAGCGCCUCGCUGAAAGGAAAGCGAUCAGGGAUGAGAUGACGGGUGCCGGGAGGAGGCGAGAGGCCAAUGCAAGGAAACAGGAGGCUCGGGCGGUUCAGGUCCAAAAGAGAGCAGAUACACAAGCGGCAAAAGCCCGACAAACCGAAGCUAGGCGUGCUGCUAGGCGUGCUGCCAGACCAACAAAUGUAGUUGUGCGUCCCACAAGAUACGUCACUGUGACAAGACACAUACCAAGCUCAGCCCAAAGUGGUGCCUGUUACAUACCAAGUUCAGCCCAAGACGGUGCUACUAACAGUGUAAAUGGUUCUGGUGCAUCUGUCGACAGAAGGCCGGGUGGACCUGUGUCGACCGACAGUACAUCAGAAAAGCGUACGUAUAUCAAGAGGAAGGCAUUUCUCAGACUCUGUGUCUUCCUUCUAGUAUUGUUCCUGAUAGCUCUAACAGGCAUAGCACUGACAACUGUAGGAGUGGUGAAAGACGGCAUGGCCCUUACUGUGAUCGGCCCCUUGCUUCUCAUAAUAGGGAUAGGGGCAUUGGUAGCAGUUGGAAUACUAUUUUACUAUAAGUCUCGUAAAACUGGCUUCUUUUCUCCAUCCGAUAUAACAGAACCUACCAAUCCAAGUAUAAGGUCUACCUCGAUUGAUAUUAACUCCCCGCCAACCAGAACAACAGCUAAAAUUUCUUUUAUACCUGCUAGCAAAGAUAAACCAGAUAACCCUACAGCAUCGGGUGGAUCGGCCGAUCCCUCCAAACCUCCACCGGGAGGUGAAAAACAUGUUGCUGAAACAGUGUCCAAUCUUGCUCCUACUGCUGAAUCAUCUCCACCAAACUCUAAUGAACGUCAAGAUGGCUUUGCUAGUGCCACUGCGCCACCUAGUAAUAUUGCCACUGCCCCAUCCAGUUCUUCGCUACCACCACCCCCAUACACCACUGUGAGCGAAAUGCCGGAAAGGUCUAACACGCAUCAAGCUCCACACGACCGAAGAGACAGUAGAGAGGAUAUAGAUGUGACAAACUUACCUCCGUCUUAUAGCGAAGCCAUAUCUCGUAAAUCAGACGUGUGACAACGAUCAAAUGUGCAAUGCUUGAUUUUUUGGUCCGCCACGUGCUCAACUUUUCAUUUAUAGGCCGACACAAAUAUAGGUUAUUAUAGGUUCUCUAAUGAAAGUUCAUGAAUUCCAAUUAAUUCAACUUUCAUGCAUUGGAGACCCUUUGAUCGGUUAAUAUAAAUGAUGUUGCAGUGUCAGUUAUAAAGGAAAUAAAGUACUAUAUUUAUUUAUAUUAUCAUUAUGUCUAGAUCCAUAUGAUGAUUCUAUAUGUAUGAGAUCUCUUACGUCCGAUCCAUUGAGGAGAUCGCGUUCAAAUUAGAGAUCUAGAUUGGGAGAUUAUUCUCACUUCUAUUUUGUACUCAUAUUCACAGAAUAAGUAAUAGAACUA